AUGGACUACCGCGGCGCCAUCAUCUCCAAGGAUCAGGUUGCCACCGCCGUGCCGAAGAAGGUCAAGGCUCUGAAGUUUGGCCUGCUAUCCGCCGAGGACAUCCUCUCGCAGUCCGUCUUGCAGGUACAAGACCGCAACCUCUUCGACGUGAACCAGGACAACAAAGCGACCCAGAGGAGGCUCAUCACUCAGCACGGACCCAACGAUCAGCGACUAGGCACCUCGGCGAAAGCAGGCAAAUGCGAGACUUGUGGCGAGGGCUUGAAGGACUGCAAUGGCCACUUUGGCCACGUGAAGCUGGCUCUUCCCUGCUUCCAUUAUGGCUACAUGCGAAAAAUCAUCGAGGUGCUCAACUGCGUCUGCAAGGACUGCUGCCGAAUUCUGAUGCCCGAGAACGAGCGGCGGACGGCACUGAAGGCAAUCCGACGUCCUGGACUGGACAACCUACGAAAGAAGACCAUAUGCAAGAAGAUUGUUUCCGACUGCAGGAAGAUGAAGCUGUGUCCUCAUUGCGGCGCGCACAACGGUCCAGUGAAGAAGGUGGCAAAGCAUCCAGUCAAGAUGACCCACCACCCUUUCCAAGCCUACAUCUCCUCCAACGCCAAGUCGAAAGUCAAGCCGCACGAGAUGUUACUGUUCGAGAGCUCUUUCAGAACGGCGCGCAAGAGCUCUACAGACGCUGAGCGGUACUGGCAGAAGGCGGUCGACGACAUGCAUCCACUGCGCGUCAUCAGUAUCUUCCGCGGAGUGCCGAACGUGGAUGUUGAGCUCUUGGGUAUGGACCCGCACAGCAACAAGGGCAGCGGAAGGCCCGAGAAUAUGCUGUGGACGCAUGUACCCGCCCCGCCCGUGGCUAUCAGACCGAGCGUGGCGCAGGAGAAUGCGAGCACGGAGGACGACAUCACCAAUAAGCUCGGCGACAUCAUCCAGAUGAACAACCUGGUGCAGGCUACGCUCCUGAAAGGUCAACCGCUCAACAAAGUGAUGGAGCUGUGGGAGUUUCUGCAGGUGCAGAUUGCGAUGUACAUCGACGGCAACAUUCCCGGACUCGGUCAAGACCAGUACUCCAGUCGCUCUCUCCGUGGCUUCUGCCAGCGCUUAAAGGGCAAGCAAGGUCGCUUCAGAGGGAAUCUGAGUGGUAAGCGUGUCGACUUCUCUGGCCGAACUGUUAUCUCUCCGGAUCCGAACUUGGGCAUCGACGAGGUUGCUGUGCCUUCGAGGGUGGCAACACAUAUGACGUACCCUGAGAAGGUCACUCGAUACAACAUCCAGAAGCUGAAGAAUCGGAUCUUGAACGGCGACAAGGUUCACCCAGGGGCCAACUUCGUCAUCAAAGGAGCGGACAAGCGGCGCAUCGUCCUCAAAUUCGUGGGCGGCAGAGGUGACCUCGACAAGAUCGCAGAUAAGCUAGUCGUCGGAGACAUUGUCGAGCGCCAUCUCGAAGACGGUGAUAUCGUGCUCUUCAACCGCCAGCCCAGCUUACACAAGCUAUCAAUCCUCUCACAUCGCGUUAAGGUACGGCCAUGGCGGACUUUCCGGCUCAACGAAUGCGUGUGCAACCCUUACAACGCAGACUUCGACGGUGAUGAGAUGAACCUUCACGUCCCACAAACCGAAGAAGCGCGCACGGAGGCACUGGAGCUUAUGGGGGUGAAGCACAACCUGGCUACGCCAAAGAACGGUGCUAUGAUCAUCGCUGCCAUCCAGGACUUUAUCACCGCGACGUACCUUCUCAGCCAAAAGGACCGCUUCUUCAGCCGCUCGGAGUUUGUGCAGAUCGCGAGCUCUAUGUUUGUCGGCAUGGAAGUCAGAGACCCUUACACAGGGAAGACGUGGCCUGUCAAGCUACCACCUCCUGCGAUCUGGAAGCCGAGAGCGCUCUGGACGGGAAAGCAGGUGUGGAGUCUGCUUUUGAAGCCCUGCGAAGAUUACCCUGUCGACGUCAACCUUGAAGCAAAGGGAAAGCAGUUCUCAUCCGUUGAGUUUGCGGAGGCGUAUGGGCCGGACAACGCCGCAUUGGAGGCGAGAAUGGCCAAUGAUCUCAAAAGCGCGAAGACAGAGCUUGAUCAGAUGCGUGAUGACAAGGACGACUUGCUCACUGAGGACACAAAGAACAACAUGUACCGCAAGAAGGAAGAGCAGUGGCGGAAGGACUUCUCAGCAAAGAUCGCUCCCGACAUGUCCAUCACGGACUCCUACCUGGUCAUUCGCAACUCGGAAGUCAUGUGCGGUACGCUCGACAAAGCGACGGUUGGUGAUGGCAAGAAAGACAGCGUCUUCUAUGUCAUUCUUCGUGACUUCGGGCCAGAGUACGCCGUCGAAGCGAUGAAUCGUCUGGCUCGUCUGUCGGCCCGUUGGCUGGGCGAGCAAGGCUUCUCCAUCGGUAUCGGCGACGUCUACCCCUCGGAUCUCCUGCGUGCAAGGAAAGAUGGCUUGGUAAGAGCGGCGUACGAAAAGUGCAUCGACCUCAUCGGGCAGUUCAACCGCGGCGAGCUGAAGACAAAUCCCGGCUGCGACGAAGAAGCCACACUGGAGCAAGAGAUUUCGAGUCUGCUGUCCAAGGUGCGAGAGGACUGCGGUGCGGCUUGUCUGGCAGAACUCAGCCGCUUCAACGCUCCUUUGAUCAUGGCCAAGUGUGGUUCCAAGGGCUCGAACAUCAACGUCGCACAGAUGGUCGCUGCAGUCGGACAGCAGAUUAUCGGCGGCGAGCGUGUGGUCGAUGGCUUCGAGAACCGCACCCUACCUCACUUCAUCAAGGGGAGCAGAGACCCGCCGGCGAAGGGCUUCGUGGUGAACUCGUUUUUCUCUGGCCUUAACCCGACCGAGUUCAUCUUCCACGCCAUGUCUGGUCGCGAAGGUCUGGUCGAUACUGCGGUCAAGACGGCUGAGACGGGCUACAUGUCUCGACGAUUGAUGAAGUCCAUGGAGGAUUUGAGCGCAAGGUACGAUGGCACAGUGAGAGAGUCUGGCGGUGGCGUGGUGCAGAUGAAGUUCGGUGACGACGGCUUGGACCCAGUGGAUAUGGAAGGCAAGGCGAAGCCCGUCAACUUCGACCGUACAUGGUCUCACGCUAUUGAGAGCACAUGGAACAACGAAGAAGCUGGACUGGAGCCCAAGGAGAUUGACGCACUGGUCGAGGAGCUCCUGCGCCCUCAAAGAGCUAUUGAACAAAAAUCGCACUUCGGUCCUCCCAAACGCACCAGCCACCCAGCAAAGAAAAGGAAGGAAGACGAGCAAGAAGAUAAUUCUGGCCUGAAGUUCCUCGUCACAGUCACCGAUUAUAUUCAAGCCAAAGUCGACGAGCUUGAAGCUUCCCAGCGCCACCUCCCCGGCUCGGACCAGAUCUUCAAGCUCACCCGCCCCGCCCUUGAGCGCUUCCUCGCACUCUGUCUUCGCAAGUUCGAGAAGAGCAAAGUCGAAGCUGGCCAUGCUGUCGGAGCCGUGGGCGCUCAAUCCAUCGGCGAGCCGGGCACGCAGAUGACGCUCAAGACGUUCCAUUUUGCUGGUGUUGCUGGCAUGAGCAUUACGCAGGGUGUGCCGCGUAUUAAGGAAAUUAUCAACGCGAGCAAGACCAUCUCGACGCCGGUCAUCACGUGCAAACUUGAGAGUCCGUAUGAGGAGAUUGCUGCGCGAUUUGCCAAGGCGAUCAUUCAGAAGUCUUUCCUCAAGGACAUUGUGGCUUUCAUUGAGGACUGUUGGUGGAGGGAGGGGUAUUGUGUCAAUAUGCGCGUCGAUUGGCAGCAGGUGGAGAGGCUUGGGUUGCGGUUGACGCUGGAGGACGUGGCUGAUGCGAUUGAGCGUGCGAAGGUGUUGAGGGGCAUGGGUGUGGUGGUAAGGAGGACCGGGACGUCGCACGUGCGUGUUGCGCUCGACGCAGGCGCUUUCGGUGACUUUGAAGACGAGGACAUCGGACCACGCAGGAGAGGGCAAAGGAAGAAGACGCCGAAAAAGUCCACCGGCGCCGAAGAUCCCGCCGCGACCUUCGAAAAGGUACAAGUCCUCAAGCGCAGACUCCCCCAAGUCGUGGUAGGCGGCUACCCGGACGCCCAGCGCGCCGUCUUGCAGAAAGGCGACAAGGUCCGCUUGCCGGAUGGCUCCUCCCGCGUCCCUCUCUCCGUGCUCGUCGAAGGCUACGGUCUCGCCGCCUGCAUGACCACCCCAGGAGUCGACGGCACCCGCACCUCAACCAACAGCGUCAUGGAGACCCGCGCUGUUCUGGGCAUCGAAGCAGCACGCACAACUAUCAUCUCCGAAAUCUCCUCCGUCAUGAGCGGUAUGGACAUCGAUCCACGCCACAUGCAGCUUCUCGCGGACGUGAUGACGUACCGCGGGGACGUGCUAGGCAUCACCCGUUUCGGCCUGGCCAAAAUGCGCGAUUCAGUGCUCCAACUCGCCUCGUUCGAGAAGACUCCGGACCACCUCUUCGAAGCCGCCAUCGGCGGACGCAAAGACAAUAUCGAGGGGGUUAGCGAGAGCAUUAUCAUGGGGCAGGGAGUACGACUAGGGACUGGCGGGAUGGGGGUACUGAGGGAUUUGGGGGAUGUGAAGGGGGAGAGCGAUAGGGCGAGGGGGGUGAAGAGGGGGGUGAAGGAGGGAGAGGGGAGUUUUAGGGUGAUGAUGGGGCAGAUUGGGGUGGAGAGGAGGGAGUUAUUGGUGGCUAUGGCGCAGGGGCUGGGGAAGAAGGGGGCUUGA